AUGCCAGAUACACGCCGGAAGCAAGCUUUGGUUAAUCAAAGGACUGCUUUGCUAUCUUCCUUCGAGAGGGCUGAACAUUUCGUCAACAACUAUGAGGCUGCUAGAGAUGCAGCUGAAGUUCAAAUUCGCCUGGAUGCCCUGGAUGCCAUGUGGAGGGAACUGGGUGAAGUACAAAGGCAUCUAACGGACAUCGAAGAUACAACUGAAGGUAUGGAAAAUAACCUGCAAAUCCGUGCUUCCUCUGAAAACCAGUACUUUAAAAUAAAGGCUAGUCUAUCCUCCAAACUAUCAUCUCCUCCUCCUACCUUUUCGCACGCAAUCCCUAAUGCUGCCACAAUUGGGCUUUCUGGACUAAAGCUUCCCACUAUAACCCUACCUGAAUUCGACGGGGACUACAACCAAUGGCUUACUUUUCAUGACACUUUUGAUGCGCUCAUACAUUCUAACGCUGAGGUGCCUCCUAUCCAAAAGUUUCAUUAUCUUCGUGCUGCAGUAAAAGGCGAGGCCGCUCAGUUAAUAGAAUCCAUUGCCAUUAGCUCUAUCAACUACUCUACCGCUUGGGAGACUUUGAAAUCACGAUACGCCAACGAUUAUUUGCUUAAAAAACGUCAUCUGCAAUCUUUACUCGAAUGUCCUCGUAUGAAAAAGGAAACUGCUGCCGCCUUACACGGCGUAGUCGAUGAGUUUGAACGUCAUAUCAAGGUUUUGCGACAACUGGGAGAACCCACCGAUUCAUGGAGCACCAUUCUCGAGCACCUUUUAUGUUUACGUCUUGAUGACUGCACCCUAAAGGCUUGGGAAGAUUUCGCAAGCACCGUCGAAAACCCGGAUUAUUCCUGCCUAAUAGAUUUCUUACACCGUCGUAUAAGAGUCCUCGAAUCAAUGUCAGUCAACCACAAUUCUGUUUAUCAAUCUUCCAACAUCCAACAUGCUUCUAGAAAUUCAACAUUCGCUCGAACAUCGAAUCACGCUGCUGCUGAAAUCCCUACUUAUCAUUGCUAUGCAUGUAAUGAACAACACCUGCUGACCCACUGCCCACGAUUCAACAACAUGAAUGCCCACGAACGCUUAACUGUCAUCAACCUUCAUCACCUGUGUCAAAAUUGCUUUCGUCAUGGUCACCUCGCCAGAAAUUGCCGAUCAAAGUUCUCUUGUCGUUUGUGUCAGAAACGUCAUCACAGUAUGAUCCAUUCCGCCUUGUUUACCAACACGCCACAAACAGCAAAUCCAACCGUAAUGCAUCCCGUUCCAUUUGAAAGUGAAGACGUUAUUAUCACCGACCCUGAAACUACUUCGACCAAUUCCGCGGUUCAAACCACCAACUCCGCUGUUCAAAUUAGCAACUCCGCCCCAGUCUGCAACUCCAAUGUACUGCUUUCAACGAUUAGUCUAUUGAUCCUCGAUUCCAAUGGAAAGGCACACCCGGCUCGAGCGAUGCUCGAUAGCGGCUCCCAAUCCAACAUAAUAAGCGAAAGAUUAUCUCAACUACUACGCUUGAAAAGAGAAAACGUCAGUAUUCCAAUGUAUGGUAUCGGUGAAUCGACGUCAAAUGUGCGACAUUCAGUGAAAACAACUAUUCGAUCACGUACUAGCAGAUAUGAACUGAAAGCCAACUUCUUAGUUAUGCCCCGGAUAACCAUUGAUUUGCCCAGCACCAGCUUUUCCACCCUCAAUUGGAAGUUACCCAAUAAUCUGAAUAUGGCCGACCCGGAAUUCAACAAAACUGGUCCCAUUGAUAUUUUGCUAGGGGCCGAACACUUUUUCACCAUAGUCAACCCCGGAAACAAAAUACAAACAGAAGGACACCCUACUCUUAUAAAUAGUCUAUUUGGCUGGAUCGUUAGUGGCCGUCAUCAGUCUCAAUUGGUCAAUCAAACUACGACUUGUCAUGUUGCUGUAUCCGAUUCGUUGCUUGAAGCGCUUGAAAAAUUCUGGAAGGUUGAAGAAGUUAUCGAACGGCCAGAAUAUUCCCCUAAGGAAAGGAAAUGUGAAGCUCAUUAUGCAUCAAAUGUGUCCAGGAAUUCUGAAGGCAGAUAUAUUGUACGUCUUCCCCGCAAUGAAAAUUUCGACCAAGUUCUCGGUGACUCGAAGCACAUCGCUCUCCGUCGUUUUCAAUUACUUGAGAAAAGAUUUGCCGUUAAUUCAAGUUUAAAGCUACAAUACCAUGAGUUUCUAUCGGAAUAUUUGAGUUUGGGACAUAUGAGACUAGUAUCGCCGUCCGAAAAUGAGCCAGAACAAGUCUGCUACUUACCACACCACCCUGUUUUUAAAGAAUCCAGCACUACCACAAAAAUUCGAGUGGUUUUUGAUGGAUCAGCUAAAACUUCAACGGGAAACUCCUUAAAUGAUGCGUUAACAAUAGGCCCUACCAUUCAAGAAGAGCUUUUGUCCUUGGUUCUCAGAUUCAGAAAGUAUCCGAUUGCGCUUGUGGGCGAUAUUGCUAAAAUGUACAGACAAAUACUCGUCCACCCUAAAGACACCGCCUUACAACGGAUUUAUUGGCGCUUUCAUCCCGAGGAACCUAUAUCGACGUAUGAGCUACAAACCGUGACCUACGGACUCACCCCAUCAUCCUUUCUAGCCACCAGAACGCUUCACCAACUGGCUUUAGAUGAAGGUGAAAAUUAUCCUCUUGGUAGUACGGCAUUGAAAAAUGACUUCUAUAUGGAUGAUUAUAUAGGGGGAGCGCAAACUUUGGAAGAUGCCAUCGAAACCAGAUGCCAGCUAGACAACUUGAUGGCCAAGGGCGGGUUUCAGUUGCGGAAAUAUACUUCCAAUAAUCUUAAGGUUCUUGAGGGAUUGGAGGAAGAGCGUAUCGGAACUAAAUCGACAUUGCACUUUGACCCCGAAGAAGCAGUCAAAACACUGGGCAUCGGUUGGGAGCCCGGAUCAGAUCAACUACGUUUUGAUUGUACAUUGGCAAUAACAACAGGAUCACCAACAAAACGGUCCAUACUGUCGGCGAUAUCGAAGCAUUUUGACCCCCUUGGGCUAACUGGUCCAGUUGUAAUUCGCGCAAAGAUGAUGCUGCAGGAAUUGUGGCAGGAGCCUUGUGGAUGGGACGAUCAGGUGCCUGAUAAGAUCCGAACAAAAUGGGACCAUUAUUGUGCAGAGUUACCAAAAAUCUUCAACUUCAAGGUCGAUCGCUACGUUUUUCUACCGCAAGCUUUUAUCCAACUACACACGUUUUCCGACGCAUCCGAGCUAGCGUAUGGUGCGUGCACCUAUGCUCGAUCCAUCGAUCCCACUGGUCGCAUUAAAGUUUGUUUGAUUGCAUCAAAAUCUCGAGUGACCCCAUUAAAAAGGAUGUCGAUACCACGAUUAGAGCUUAGCGCAGCAUUAGUUGGAGCACGCCUACACAGAAAAAUCAACAAUGCCAUGAAGUUAUCGGUUUCAUCAUCCUUCUUUUGGUCUGAUUCAACGGUUACACUUGCUUGGUUGCGAUCCACCCCAGGAACAUGGCAAACCUUCGUUGCGAACCGAGUAGCAGAAAUACAAGAUCUUAGCAAUGGAGCCAUAUGGAACCACGUAUGUGGUAGUCAAAAUCCUGCUGACUUAGUUUCGAGAGGGACGUCCGUUGAAGAGUUUUUGAUAAGCGAUUUAUGGCGUUAUGGCCCGAAUUGGUUAAAGUCUCCAGAAUGCGAAUGGCCUUCGUCUAACAGGCCUGAUCAAGAUGAUCUUAUUCCUGAGCGGCGUAAAACGGUGGCGGCCGUCCAAACAACAUCGGCAGUGAAUCCAUUUUUUCACGAUCAAGGUUCCUACUUGCGUCUGUCACGUGUGGUGGCUUACUGUUUGCGGUUUGCUGAAGCGUGUCGAAAAAAGAAGUCCCAAGAUAAAUCUGCAAGGGUAAACAGAAAUAUUAAUGCUCUCACCAUUAUCGAAAUAGUCCGAGCUCGAAAAUGUUUAGCUCGAUUGGCUCAAGAGGAUAGACUGAAAGCAGAAUUGAGAGAACUGAGAAAGGGAAACCCCGUAUCGAAGCAGUCCCCCUUGCGUCUUCUUAGCCCGUUCCUCGAUUCUGAAGGUAUUAUAAGGUUCCCAUCCAUACACACGGUUAGUUGCACGGUACUUUCAUUUAAAAUUGUUCCACGGUGGCGGCCGUGUGAGUCUGGCAGCGAUGAGAGACGAGUAUUGGCCAAUCGACGGACGCAGAUUGAUUCGAGGAAUAGUAUGGAACUGCUUUCGCUGCAGACGUGCUGCACCAGUCCCGGAUUUAUUGCGAGGCGUGGCUCUCCCACGCAAAUUUAUUCCGAUCAAGGUAAAAAUUUCCAAGGCGCUAGAAAUGAUCUUCGAGAACUGUUCGAAAUGCUGACGAAAAAGGAGAGCAUUGAACAUAUUUCUAACAGUUGCACGACCCUUGGCAUCCAGUGGCGCAUGAUUCCUCCCCGUUCUCCUCAUUUCGGCGGCCUUUGGGAGGCGGCAGUCAAGGUGGCGAAAAAGCAUUUAUUUAAACAGCUCGGCAGCUCAUCGUUAAGUUUCGAGGAUAUGGCUACGGUUUUGGCGCAGAUUGAGGCCUGCAUGAAUUCUCGCCCGCUUACACCGAUGACGGAAAGUCCUGAUGAUCUGGCAAUUCUUACACCUGGGCAUUUUCUUAUUGGGAUGUCAAUGUCAUCUCUCCCGGAUCCUGAUGUCACACAUAUCCCUGCCAACAAGCUGGAUCAUUACCAUCGAUUGCAGGAGUACGUUCAGCAGUUUUGGCAUCAAUGGAAGCGUGAAUACCUACAGGAACUACAGAAAGAAAGCCGCCGCACCGUACCAAACACCGAAUUCCAAGUUGGGCGUAUGGUUGUUAUUGUCGACGACUUCGUGGCACCCGUUAAGUGGCCCUUGGGACGUAUCAUCAAAACCAUUCCUGGGAAAGACGGCUUACCAAGAGUCGUACAACUGCGAACGAGCAAAGGAAUCACGGAACGAGCAAUCACUAAAAUAUGCAUGCUGCCCUACGAAAGUGAGAUGCAACCAGAAAGAUUUAGUUCGGAAAUUUAG